GUAAACAGAAAUACCUCUGUGCCAGCCGGAACGACUGCACCAUCGACAAGUUCAGAAGGAAAAACUGCCCGUCCUGCCGCCUGCGGAAGUGCUACGAAGCCGGGAUGACUCUUGGAGCCCGCAAGCUGAAGAAGCUGGGUAACCUGAAGACACCAGACGAUGCUGAUGCACGCCUUUUUGAGGAGCAAGCUCCCAAGAUGGUGAUGACGCGCAUUGAUGGGUAUGAUUGCCAGCCCAUCUUCCUCAACGUCCUGGAGGCCAUCGAGCCCGGCGUGGUGUGUGCCGGCCACGACAACAGCCAGCCAGAUUCCUUCUCCAACCUGCUGAGCAGCCUGAAUGAGCUCGGGGAGAGGCAGCUGGUCUACGUGGUCAAAUGGGCAAAGGCCUUGCCAG